AUGGCGGCCUCUUGCCAAGUCGAUCCUGUUGGGUGUAUGCUCAAAAGGGGCUCACCGGACUCCCAUCUCUACAAGCGCGCCCCUCCCCCUUCCAAGGGCUCAUCCGACAACGUCAUUAUCAUUGUCUUGGCGACUGUGGGCUCAUUGCUGUUCAUCUUGUCCCUCGCACUCUUUUAUUACUGUGUGCGCAAACGACGUGCUUCGCAGAGGAUCGGUCGGCUCCAGAGGUUCCUGCCCACGUUCAUGGAUCAAGAAAAGACCGACCUGUAUUUCCAGAAGCAAGGCUCAUCCGCGACUCUAGUUGGCACCGAUACUCCAUCAAAGGAACUGCCACAGCCUUCGAACAUUCAUCACAAAACAUGGUCAGCUCCGAUGGCAUUAACAAAGGAUUUGCCAUGGCUGCAGGAGCAUGACACGUUGUUGGGACAGUUCCAAGAUGUACCUCUCGCCUCUAACGAGACUGUCGUUGAGACCGAGAAAUCUGAGCCGAGACGAUCCCUGUUUGGCAUAUUUACCCGUACUCCAGCCGCCACGGUCACGACCCCUGCCCUCAUCAAGAGCUCAUUACACAGAAGCGUCGGUCUGAACAAACAUAGCAAUCAGAGCUACGCCAACAGCCGCUCCGACCCCAUGGUGGAAGAAGACAUGAACCAUCUGGGCAUGUUUGCAGAGGGUGAAAGCCUUGUCGCGCCGAAUCAAUACCCCACCUUCUCUGAUAUCAGCAACCCCGACGGCAACUAUGGCGGCAACUACAACCGCUUCUCAGACACGUCAAUCAUCGGGAUCGACCCGGACUUUGAUCCCACACGAUUCUCAGACGCCUCGCUCAUGUUUGAUGAAUCGAAGAUCCCGACUAUAUCCGAUUCUUCCUCGGACCAAUUGCUAUCGACCAUCAGGACGGAUGAAUCGGAUGUCACACCUGUUCACGAUAAUAUCAAAUGCAGCAGUAGCAGGAAAAAGGAAAAGAGGAAUAGCGCGGUUGCAUCAGCCUCAGACUCUACACAAAAGGACUACAAAAGGCCGACGACGUUCAAGGAGUUCUAUGAGCAUUGGAAGCGUCUUCUGCCAUACAUCUGGCCGUCCAACUCGCGGAGACUUCAGUGCCACAUCAUGAUCUGUUUGGGCCUACUGGUCGCCGGAAGAAUCGUGAACGUGUUGGUGCCGCGGCAGGUGGCGAACGUGGUCAAUGCGCUGACAAUGGUAGUGGAUGGCAGCCCCGAGGGUUUGGAUGAGAACGGCAACCCUCGAUUUGUCUGGAGGGAGAUCAUGGUACUUAUUGCGCUCAGGGCUCUUCAGGGCGAACUCGGUGUUAUCGACACCCUUCAGGAAUUGGUGUGGAUUCCUGUGGGACAGUUCAAUGAACGCCAGCCGGCUGUCAAGAUGUUUGAGCACCUGCUCAACCUCUCCCUGCGAUUUCACCUUAACCGCAAGACCGGCGAGUUGCUGCGCAUCCAAGGUUAUGAUCAGCGCUACCGCGGUGUAUCAUCAAUCGUGACGCUGCUCUCCACACUACUGUUCAACAUCCUGCCCUGCUUGGUCGACAUUGCGGUUGCCUGCGUUAUCCUGACGUACGCUUUCGACAUUUACUUUGGAGUCAUUGUCGGAAUUACCAUGAUCUGUUACAUCUACACUACCAUUCUCAUGACGGACUGGAGGACGCGCUACCGCCGAGAAUCGAACGAUUUGGAAAAUGCAGCGGAGGCGCGUGUAGUCGAUUGUUUGCUCAACUAUGAGACGAUCAAGCUCUUUGCGACAGAAGAGUACGAGGUCAAAAGAUAUACGAAAGCCAUUCUCGCGUACCAGAAGGCUGACCGCAAAUCGCAGUACACACUGGGUACCCUCAACACGGCUCUCAACAUCGUGAUACAGGGAGGUUUGACAGUGGGGUGUUUGCUCUGCGCCCAAAGAGUCGCUCAGAAGGGGAUGGCGGUUACCGAUUUUGUCAUGUACUAUACAUAUAUCCUCCAGCUCUAUGGACCGCUCGACCAAUUUGGCGCUUCCUACCGAUCUUUGCAGAAAAAUUUUAUUGAUUUGGAAAGGCUGCUGGAUGUGUUCAAGGAGCCAGUCGAGAUCCAAGACAAACCCGAUGCUGAGCCUAUGGUGAUAAAUGGGGGAGAAGUUGUCUUUGAAAAUGUCUCCUUCAGCUACAAACCUCAGAAUCCGAAUCUCAAGUCUGUGUCGUUCAAGAUCCCGCCUGGCAAAAAACUGGCCCUGGUUGGUCCAUCAGGCGGCGGAAAGUCCACGAUCCUACGUCUGCUCUUCCGGUUUUAUGACCCAACGCAGGGGAGGAUCAUGAUUGACGGUCAGGAUAUCAAGUACGUAACGCAGUCCAGUCUGAGGAGGUUGAUUGGAAUUGUGCCGCAGGAUACGGCGCUAUUUAACGAGACGAUCAAGCACAACAUUGCCUACGGCCACAUUGGGCAGGACCACAAGUCUGCGGAAUCGGGAUGCGGGCUAAAUUACAAGACGGAAUCGACCUCGCCACCAAAAAUAGCAGAUGUUACAGAGAGCAAGGAUGCUGGUUGUUUGGACGACGAGGAUUUGGAAGUCGACAGUCGCAUUCAAGCGGCUGCUGAGGCUGCACAGAUACACGAAAUUGUCACCCGCUUCCCGAACGGAUACGCCACUCGUGUAGGAGAGCGCGGACUGCUUAUGUCCGGCGGAGAGAAGCAACGAAUCGCCAUUGCUCGAACCAUUCUCAAGAACCCACCGAUCUUGCUCCUGGACGAAGCGACCAGUGCCUUGGACACCCACACGGAGCGAGAGAUCCAAAACUCGAUCGACGCCACCUCCAAGGGCAGGACGACUCUUAUGAUUGCGCAUCGUUUGUCGACAAUUGUGGAUGCGGACGAAAUCUUGGUGAUACAGAGGGGCGAGAUCGCAGAGCAGGGUAGCCAUGAGGAACUCAUGCAGGCAGGAGGAAUCUAUGCUUCCAUGUGGAUGCAACAGCUUCGUGAGGGCCGAACACCUACCGGAAGCAAUGGUGUGAGCGAGAAGGAGUCGUCCAGGGGAGGGAAGGACUCGGACGAAGAUGACUCUCCAGUUGACGACGCUUCCUCUCCCUUUUCGCAUCACCAUGUCAUGGUUCCCUCGUCCUGCCGGCAGCAUACACCACCGUAG